AUCGCUCUUCUCGAUUAAGAGCAAACCGCAGAAGCGGAGAGUAGGGGUCUUCUCAACGUACGGGUAGCCUCGCCAGUGGUGGUGUAGUAGACUGUCGUGCAGCCACAGGUUGCCUCUGGCGCCGAGUCGGACGACAACCAUCUGGCGGCGUGGAAAGCAGCGUGGUCAUGACGGCGAGCAUGGUGGUUGUCAGCGGCGACGCCGGUAGCAAUCGCCGCAGCGAUCGCAAGAACUCCGGCCUUCAUGGUGAAAGUUGGCUAAUGCGCUCUCGAGUGUAGGACUGCGGGUUAAUCGGUCGACGGACGGACUGUUGUUAUCUUCUGAUGUUGGUAUGGAGGAGUAAACGAAUGCCCGCUGAAAGAGUGAAGCGGUGGUUUGGGGGGGGAGGAGGGACAAGGAGGGACUGGGUGAGGAGGGCGAGGGGAUCACGACGUCGACAACGAGAGGAGAAGAAGAGGAGAGGAGAUGGAGGGAGAGACGAGAUGAAGGGCGAAAGGGACGGGCGGGAAGCGAGGGAAGCGAGGGAAGCGAGAGAGCAAGCGGCGCUAGGGACAAAGGGGAAAGGCGUCCAGAAAAGGAGAGGCCAUGGGGUCAGGAUCACAGCAGCGAGGCCGAAUGCAGGAACGCCGCGUGGAUGGGGCGCAUUUGCGGGGGAAGCCACAAUUUCCUUCUCGUGUUGUGUGCCCGCUGCUGGGCCAAUCAGAGCGGGCCAGCGUCAGCCACGGGGGGCGGUGGGAGGGAAGGAGCCAGGGGCAGGAGGAAGGGUCCGAAGAGGCAAGUGCCGCUCCGAGAUGAUGAUUUGAUCACCGGUCAUCAGUCAUCAGUCAUCCGUCAUCUCCAGACUAAACGCUUCUUCCCUCGGCCAUUAUUAUGACAGCAUAAACCGUCCUCCGUCCUCCUCGGCCCUAGAUAAAAUCGCUGCACA